AUGUUUUCACGUGUUUUUUUUGUCGUCCCGAGCUUGGAGGGCUGUGAAUUUUAUAAGUGGAAAGAUAGAAAUGGGUAAAGUUUUCAAUAAAAGGUUGCCUUUUUAUCGCGAAACGCAGAUUGCACGUUGUUUUAAAUUCUCAUCAAACUUCACGAUUGCAGAAUGACAAAGAACCCCUUGGAAGACGUAGUCGACUCUUCGGCCGUCGAUAUUUACUCUCAUCUCGGCCGAACUGGCUACUUUAUCGAAUGGAUUCUUUUAAAGUUGUACGAAAACAAUGAAGAAUUAAAAAAUAAAACCGCGGAUGCAAAGAUCAAGGAUGUCAAAUUCAAAUGUGUGAGUGGAGGAGUGGGUCUGAGAUCCCAAGUGUAUCAAGUCAAACUGAUAUUUGAUAACGAAGACAUAUUCAAAUUUGUGGUAAAGGCACCCGCUGAGGAGCAUGUUUAUGUAAGUUGAUGCAGGAGGAAGAGAAAAUAUUGUAUAAGUAUAAUAGAAACUUGUUGAUGACUUCCAAAUUUCCAGCCAGCCGGAGCCAAGACGAAAGAGGAUUCACAAGUUGAGCAUGCCCAUUCGGCUGAAGUCAAAAUAUGCAAUAUGAUUAAGGACCUAGAUAUUCUCGUCCCCAAAUAUUUUUACGCCGAAGACAAGAAUGAAGAAGGCCCGGGUCUCAUUCUUAUGCAAGAUUUUGUAGAUGAAAGUGGGACGGUUGGAUGGUUGGGAUCAUCGACUGUAGAGCAGUGCAAGAAUUUGUGCAAACCUCUGGCUGAAUUCCAUGUAAGGGAACGGAGAAGCGCUUUAUACUCUUGUGCUAAAUAAGGUUGAAAUUGAAUUUUCUUUUAGUGUGAAAUGAUGCACAUCCCCGGACUGCCAUGGAAAGGCCAGUUUGAAGAUCAUAUGCACAUCCAAGGAAUCUAUCAAUCAGUCAUUGCCGAAUUACUUCCUAAAAGCACUGGACUGGUCCCUGAGAUCAAACUUUUUGUCGAGGAGUAUCCAUUCAUCCUGACUCCAGCCUUUAGCAAGUUUUGUAUUCAAGAGAAGGCAGCUGAAUACAGUAAGUUUAAUUUAAUUUGACUUCCAGUACUGCUGCACAAAAUUAACGAAAUUUUUUCAGAUGCUACCUUCUUCCUGCACUCUGAUCUUCAUGGUGGGAACAUGUUGUUUAAGAAGCGCGACGAUGGUUCUGUCUCGAAUGUUCCCUUGGCCAUGAUUGAUUGGCAAACUGCAAUGGAAGGCAACCCAUUGUAUGACAUUGCCCAUUUUGUGUGUCCAACAGCCGAUGCUGAUGUGCGAAGAGAAGUGGAUUCUGUUAUUCCUGAUCUUUAUUAUGAUGCUCUAGUUGAGGCAUAUAGAAAGCAUGAAGACGUUGUUCCAUUUACAAGAGAUCAAGUAGGAUCCUUCUUUAGUCAUCAUUAAUCUUUCUUUCAGGCCCGGGAACUCUAUGAUUUGGCCAUAAUGCAGCAGACUUUCCAAUCCCUAUGUAUGCCGGCCAUGCUGUCUAGUCGAGGAUCGGGCCCAGUCCAUGAGGCGAAGACCGCCAAGGUCAUUCUCAAGACCAAAUUCUUGAUCGAUGAUACUCGGAAGAUCCUGAAAAAGUAUGGCUUACAAAACUGGAGAAGCCGAGGAGGUCGGAAACACUCGAUUACCAAAUACUUUGGCCUCAUUAACUAG